AAACUUCCCAAAUUGAUAAUUUGAUAUAUCCCGCCUUAUGUAAAUAAGGGGAAAAAUACUCGCUCCAUUUUCAGCUCAAACUUCUCCGAUCAAACCCUCACCGGCGGUUCGCCGGAAAAUGUCUACGUGGCAAGUCUUCUCUGACGCCGGAAACAAUUUCAAGUGGCAACGUUCUCACUCUAAACUCUCAACUGAACCACAAAAACCUCCAAUUGAAAAACCUAACCCUAAUCACCAUCUUCCUUCUAUUGCCGAUCUUUUACUUCAAGCAGGAUAUGCAAACCUAUGUGAGAAACCAGGUGUUGAAGUUGAGACUUCUCCGACGUUCAGAACUGGAUCGGGGAAACCGGUUGUUGUGAAGCAGUCUUCCUUGGUGAAAGCGUCGUGUAUUCUUGGAGAUCAAGACACUGGAGCUAAUGCAGAUACAGAGUAUUUGAAAGUAGAGGAUAAUUCAAAUGGAGUUAGCACGCCUUUCACAUUUCGGACCGGAUCAGGGAAACAUGUUGAUGUUAAGCAGUCAUCCAUGGCAAAAGCACUAUCUAUGUUUGGAGGUCAAGAUGAUGACAACGAUGCCUUUGUAGAUACAGGAUGCUUUAAGGUAGGUGAAGAUAAGAAUGAUAAGGUCGAGACUCCUUUGACAUUUCAAACUGGAUUGGGGAAAUCGGUUGCAGCAAGAAAGUCUUCCUUUGAAAAGGCAUUCGCUAUUCUUGGAGACCUAGACGAAGAGACUUUUUCAGAUUGCACAGUCGGUCCAGAUAAUGGAAUCGGAUGCAUGUUCAAAACAGGGUCAGGGAAAGCCGUAAACAUAUGUUCUGCAGGUCUCGUUAAAGCCAGAACACUGUUAGGAUUGGAAGAAAAUUCUCUUCUUGAUAACACUUCCAAAGGCCUCGAACAAUCAACAAGUGCAACUGCUGGAACGAAUUUAGGGUUUCCAGAAGCUAGAAGACCAUCACCAGCUAUUAAGUUUCAAACAGCUGGCGGAAGAUCUAUAAAAGUUUCCGGUCAUGCAUUGAAACAAGCGAGGAGCCUGUUAGGAGAUCCUGAUUUGGGGAAUUUCUUUAAGGAAGGGAACGCUAUAUUUUCAUCGGAUAUGAACAAAGAAAAUAAUGUGAAUACAUCUUUUAGUGAUUAUAUACCAAAAGGAAAAUCUAAAGCAAAGCAAAUGUCUAAUAACUUUAUAUCACCGUUAAGAUCAGUUUCAUUUGAUAAUAAGACUACAGUAAGAUCAGAAGAUAUAGGUCUGAAAAAUAAUUUGAUCAGAGAAUUUGAUGCAGUGGGACGUGAUAUCAAGCAGUAUAAUGAUAAUACUUUAGGUGGGCCAAAGUCUUUGAAUAGGCCAUUGGUAGAUAUUUCAAAUACUUUGGGUGCUGAAAAUCAACAAGUCACAGGAGAAAAGAGGAAGCUAUCAAGUCGGAAGUAUCCUUCUCCAUUCAAGAAGCCACGAAAUUCCAAAUUUAUCCCUCCGUUAAACAAAAAUUCAGCACUAGUUUCUACCGGUACGAUGCCCAAAAUCUCUGAAGGAUCAUGCUGCAAAACAAGGGUUUCCACUCGAUACCCUUUCCAGUUUACUCGCAAGUACAUCAAGGAGUAUCUUGGAGAGCCUCCUUUUCUUCAUAAUGGGUUUGAGAACGUCCCUGAAUGGUUAAGAAAGAUAAACUCAGAGAACGCGGACAAACACAUGUUCGAGGAUGAAUCUGGUCUAAAAUGCAUUGGUUUGGAUUCUUUCUUUCACAUGUUGGCUCAGUCAAGAUGUUCAAUUCUUUCAAAAGAGUGGGUUGCAAAUCACUACAGAUGGAUAGUCUGGAAACUUGCAUGCUAUGAGAGAUGCUAUUCUGCCAAAUUUUAUGGGAAACUUUUGACUGCUUCUAAUGUGCUUGAGGAACUGAAAUACAGAUACGAGAGAGAAGUUAACAAUGCUCACCGAUCAGCUCUGAAGAGAAUUCUAGAAGGAGAUGCCCCCGCUUCUUCUCCUUUGGUACUUUGCAUUGCAUCUAUAAAGUUCAAGUGUAAUUCAGAACCAGAUAUAGAGCCAUCAAAUGCCACUGAAAGUUCAAGCAUAGAACUCACAGAUGGAUGGUACUCGAUAAAAGCCCUGUUGGAUGAAUUACUUUUAAAGCAACUCUUUUCCGGAAAAUUGUUUGUGGGACAAAAACUUAGGAUAUGUGGAGCUAGUUUAUCUGGUUGGAAUGCACCUGUUUCACCCCUUGAGGCAUCGAGGAUGAUUAGCUUAUGCUUGCACAUCAAUGGGACAUAUAGAGCUAAUUGGGCUGACCGUUUGGGAUUCUGUAAAAGUGGGUGUGCUCCGUUAGCAUUUAAGUGCAUUAAAGGUUCUGGAGGGGUAGUUCCCAACACAUUAGUUGGAGUCACUCGGAUAUACCCUGUUCUAUACAGGGAGAGGUUAAGUGAUGGAGUUUUUGUGGUGAGAUCAGAGAGGAUGGAAAGCAAAAGGAUGCAAUUGUAUGACCAGAGACGUUCAAGCAUCAUGGAGGGGGUUAUGGCUGAGUUUCAGUCAGGGCUUAAAGGAUUCCAAAUUGACGACGAUGAAGGAGAGAAGAUUUCAAAGCUACUAGAACAAGCUGCUGAACCAGAAGUUAUUAUGGCUGACAUGAGUUUAGAGCAGCUCACGUCAUUUGCUACUUAUCAAGCAAAAAUUGAGGCGAGUAGACAGUCAGAGAUAGAUAAAUUAAUUGAAAAGGCAUUGGAGGAAGCUGGACUAAGUAGGAGGGAAGUCAACACUCUCAUGAGGGUGAGAGUAGUUGGGUUGACUAGUCAAAGCUAUAUUCCGAAGAGCCGCCCACAGCAGGGAUUGAUAACAAUAUGGAACCCGACUGAGAAACAGCAAUCAGAGUUGGUUGAAGGGCAAGCAUAUGCUGUUGCAGGCCUCACACCAAUUAACUCUGAUACAGGCACUAUUUAUUUGCGUGCUAGAGGCUCUACAACCCAAUGGCGCCCAUUAUCUCCCUUGGCAAUUCAACAUUUUCAGCCUUUUUAUACUCCUCGGAAAGCGGUAUCAUUAUUACGAAUGGGUGAAGUUCCACUCUCUAGUGAAUUUGAUGUUGCUGCGUUUGUUAUAUACGUGGGGGUGGUGCAUAAAUCUUCUCAGCAGAAAAGGCAAUGGGUUUUUGUGGCUGAUGGCAGUAUUAUUUCAUCACAACCACACGAGCUGUCAGACGCUUUGCUUGCCAUAAGCUUCUGUUCACCAUCUGUCGACUGUGAUUCCAUUGUACCAAUCAACUACAAUCUUGUAGGAUCAACGGUUGGGUUUUGUAAUCUCAUAAAGGGUGCCAAGGAUCAAACGAAUCAUAUAUGGGUGGCUGAAGCAACCGACAACUCGACAUACUUUCUAAGUUAUGACGGUGCCAAUUCCAAGCACUUGAAGGAUGCAGCUGCUUCUGCUGAUCAAUGGGCGAAAGCCUCAACCUUGACGAUUGAGAAGUUAAAGGAGAAAGUGUCAUCUAUUGUUGCCGGAAAGUAGACAAAGGGAGUACAUUUCAAAAUCCCACUUUGACUGGCUGAAGACAUCUUCAAACAAAAUGCAACAUCAACCUCAAAAUAUUAGUAGUGAUGUAGAUUAUUAUGAUGUAAAAUAUUUUUGUGUACAAAAUGAACAGUGGUACAAUAUUAUAAUUGUGAUAGCAGGGCGCACAAUAGUUUUUUAAUCAUUGCUGGGACGAAGAACAAAGUGGCAUUUUGUAAAGCAAUAUGGGGUUAAUUACACUAGUGGUCAUUUUGUAAAGUAAUAAGGUUUAAUCAUUUAUAAAAAAGAAUUCAUGGA